AUGGCGCGGGCAAAGGCAGACAAGGCACUCUCAUUACUUAAAGGUGUUUUGGAUUACAUAGAAUUUAAGGAUGUUGAUUUGGUCAUUGAGACUGUCAUUGAAAACAUUACUCUUAAACAAGCAAUAUUUAGUGAAAUUGAGAAAGUUUGCCCUUCUCAUUGCAUAUUGGCUACUAAUACUUCUACAUUUGACCCUCAAGUAAUAGGGAACAAAACAAGCUCUCAAGAUCGCAUUAUUGGGCCCUGCUCUGCUCAUGUGAUGCCUUUCCUGGAAAUUGUGCGAACAGAGAAAACUUCACCACAAGUGAUAGUUGACCUUUUGAGUGUUGCAAAAACCAUAAACAAAGUUGCAGUUGUGGUGAGAAACUGCCCAGGCUUUGCAGUUAAACGAACGUUCUUUCCCUACACUACAGCACAAAGUUCGCAUCUUUUGGUUCACUUAGGUGUGGACCUUUUCAGAAUAGAUAGGGUCAUCACCAAGCUUCAAGACUUAAUAGGAUAUAAAGUAUCAAUAGCUAGUGGAAAUGAACUUGCUAAGGCAUACCCUGAUCGAACAUUUGUGUCCCCAUUGGUGGAACUUUUAAUCAAAAGUGGAAGAAAUGGUACGUACUAUACAUGCACAGAAGUUUAUGGAAGACAACCAAAACCAGAUCUUACAAUACUACCAACUGUGGAGGAGUCUAGACGACUUGUGAAUAUUAUGCCAGGCAGUAAGCCCAUAAGUGUAACAGACCAAGAGAUUGUGGAAAUGUUACUGUUUCCUGUGGUAAACGAGGCGUGUCGUGUUUUAGAUGAAGGGAUUGUUAUCCAACCAUCAGAUCUAGAUGUUGCAUCUGUUCUUCGCAUUAGUUUUCCUUCCCACCUCCAUAUUCGGUCAGUGACUAGUAGGAUGAUUUUAAAUGUUUUCUGUCAUUUAUUGGAAGAUAUGGCACAUUCAAAACAAGAGGAAAAUUCUACAAGGAGGAACUUUGAGCAGCAAUGGAUUAAGUGGAUUCCCCCUCUUGCUGGUUCAACUAAGAUCGACGUUGAUGAAGGUUGUUCGAACAAAAGGGAAGUGUCGAGCGUGGCUGUUGUUGCUCGUGAUGAGCAAAGUGUGUGUUUGGGAGCUGGAGCUUUAAUUCUUAGAAGACCAAUCAACGCAAUUGUAGCUAGGUUAUUUUCAAUAAAGGAAGGUUUUGGUUAA